CCUCAAACCUCUAAGAUCUCCACCCAACUUUUUUUUUUUUUGGUAGUAUGAGGCUUUGCUCUUUUUAUUUCUUGAUUUUCGGAUUGAUAGAUAAAGUUCAGUUUCCCUCGUCUUUGUUCAGCUUUUCUUCUUUCCUCAUCUUAAUUUUUAGCAAACACAAAUUGUAACAAACAAUAACUUUAAGCUAUACUAUAGUAGCUAUCAUCCACUAAAUAUUAUAGCUACGGGGAGCACUUGCACUAUAAUUGUUGCUAUUAUUACCACUAAUCACAUUCGCUAUUACCCCACCAACAAGACCCUAAAAAGUAUACUUGGUACGGGAAUAUUUACUUUCGAUCCAACCUUCCUUAGACCUUCGACCAUCAUCGCAAAGUUACCCCGCCAUCCGCCAUACUCCGCUGUACAAACCCAUACAAACCCGGUAACCUACUAAUUUACUACCACUUUACUAAAAGUAACCAUGGUUGACCGACCCAACAAGCCCACGGCUUUGGCUACUACGCCUGGUCUACCUCCUCAACCUCAAGUCAACUUCUCCCACAGCAAUUCGCGAGUAUCCGCUGCUCUUCCCACUGGUGAGAGUGUUGAGAUUCUACUAUAUGGCGCUACUGUCAUUAGCUGGAAGAAUCGAUUCGGAAUCGAGAGACUUUGGUUGUCCGAUGCUGCCAAACUUGACGGAUCCAAAGCAGUUCGAGGUGGUAUUCCUCUCGUCUUUCCCGUAUUCGGAACAGCACCGGACCAUGCCGCAAGCUCGAAGCUCCCGCAACAUGGCUUUGCGCGCAACUCUCGUUGGGAAUUCCUAGGAAAGUCCAGCUCCGAGUCAACAAGUCCCUCCGACACUUCUGUCAAGCUCGACUUCGGUCUUUCAUCCGCGACUCUCGACGACGCUACUAAGAGCAAGUGGCCUUAUACCUUCUCCAUCAUCUACAGUGUCACUUUGACACCUGAGAACCUGAGCACGAGCAUCGUUGUUACCAACGACGGUGACCAGCCCUUUGAGUUCCAGACUUUGAUGCACACUUACCUGCGAAUCGAUGAUAUUUCCAAGAUCCAAGUCUCAGGUCUCGAGGACUCGGAAUACGUCGACAAAGUAGACGCCGCGAAAGCGAAGACACAAUCGGGCGCUAUAUCCAUCAUAGGCGAGACGGACCGCGUAUACACGCCAGCCAAGGGCCCCUCCACCCCCGUCGUCGUCUCCGAGGAAGGAGAAGCGGUUUUCAGCAUUGUUAGAGACAACCUUAAGGACGUUGUCGUCUGGAACCCGUGGACUGACAAGGCGGCUGGUAUGGGUGAUUUCGAGCCUAAGGAUGGCUUCAAGAAGAUGAUUUGCAUUGAGGCGGGUUCGGUCAAUGGUUGGACUACUCUGGACCCGGGUGAUGCGUUUGAGGGCGCUCAGACGAUUUCGGAUUGACUUGACGGCGAGAGGGGCGGUCCGGUUAGGGCGGCGGGAAAGCUAUGAAUUAAAUGAAUCGAUGGAUGAUAAUUAGCUAGGCGGCUAAGGAGAUCAUGAAUGGACGAAGAAGGGUUAUUGAGGAUACGAGACCUCAUGACAUGAUAUGAUAUGGAGAAUUGUGAUUAGAUCUCCUUUUAUUAUUUCCUUCCCUGAUAAAGGGAAGAUGACCAGUAUUGAAUCAAAUGCAGCAAGCUAAUUAUAAUCCGUCGCGUGUAUUCAUUCGCCUUAAUUUUCGAAGAGCUUGUCCUUUGGUGAGCUUUUACGUUGCUGUGAGAGUCGUAGCAUGUAUAUUUAGUUUCGUGGAGCUUUUUAACGCAUCGAGGAGUGGAUGGGCAUUUUGAGAGACACAAGCAACCGGAAAUACGUCC